AUGAACGACAUCUCAGACAACUCCUCCAACUCGCUGGCUAACGGCGGCGGCACCGUUGCCAACACCAGCAUUCCCAAGGAUGGCACCGGUGUCUUGAGCAUUGACCCCUGGCUCGAGCCGUUCCAGGAUGCUCUCAAGAGACGCUAUUCCAAGGCCCAGUCUUGGAUCGAUACCAUCAACAAGACAGAAGGUGGUUUGGAGAAGUUCAGCAGGGGUACCGAGCUCUUUGGUUUGAACGUCAACAAGGACAGCAGCAUCACAUACAGAGAAUGGGCUCCCAACGCCAAACAAGCAUCCCUUAUUGGCGAAUUCAACAACUGGGAUAGGAACGCUCACCGCAUGAAGAAGAACGAGUACGGCGUCUUCGAGAUCACAAUUCCUCCCACUGCCCCCGGGACACCAGCUAUCCCCCACCACUCCAAGAUCAAGAUCACCCUCGAACUCCCCGACGGCCAAUGGGUCGACAGACUGCCGGCAUGGAUCAAAUAUGUCACCCAGGACCUCUCAGUCUCGCCCGCAUACGAGGCGAGGUUCUGGAACCCUCCCCAGGCCGAAAGAUACACAUUCAAGCACAAGCGGCCCUCGAAGCCCCAGAGCCUUAGGAUCUACGAGGCCCACGUCGGCAUUUCCUCCCCGGAGUGCAAGGUGGCUACUUAUAAGGAGUUCACAAAGAACAUGCUUCCCCGCAUCAAGAACCUGGGAUACAACGCCAUUCAGCUCAUGGCCAUCAUGGAGCACGCCUACUAUGCCAGUUUCGGUUAUCAGGUGAACAGCUUCUUCGCUGCCAGCAGCAGAUACGGCCCGCCCGAGGAUCUCAAGGAGUUGGUGGAUACUGCCCACGCCUUGGGCAUUGUUGUGCUGCUCGACGUCGUCCACAGUCACGCCUCCAAGAACGUCCUUGAUGGCUUGAAUGAGUUUGACGGUACCGAUCACCAGUACUUCCAUGGUGGCGCCAAGGGCAAGCACGAGCUCUGGGACAGCAGGCUUUUCAACUACGGUCAUCACGAGGUUAUGAGGUUCUUGCUCAGCAACCUGAGGUUCUGGAUGGACGAGUACGCCUUUGAUGGCUUCAGAUUCGAUGGUGUGACGAGCAUGCUCUACACCCAUCACGGUAUCGGAACCGGUUUCUCCGGUGGCUACCACGAGUACUACGGCCCUGACGUUGAUGAGGAAGCGGUUGUUUACCUUAUGGUCGCCAACGAGAUGCUCCACGGACUAUACCCCGAGGUCAUCACCGUUGCCGAGGAUGUAUCAGGAAUGCCGGCUCUGUGCCUGCCACUUUCCCUAGGAGGUGUUGGCUUCGACUACAGACUCGCCAUGGCCAUUCCCGACAUGUGGAUCAAGAUCUUGAAGGAGAAGAAGGACGAGGAGUGGGACAUUGGUGCCAUCACCUGGACCCUGACAAACCGGCGUCACGGCGAGAAGACCAUUGCUUAUGCUGAGAGUCACGAUCAAGCACUCGUCGGUGACAAGACCCUCAUGAUGCAUCUCUGCGAUGCCGAGUUGUACACCAACAUGUCUGUCCUCACGCCUCUGACCCCGGUCAUUGACCGCGGCAUGGCCCUGCACAAGUUGAUCCGUCUCCUUACCCACUCCCUGGGAGGUGAGGGUUACCUCAACUUCGAGGGCAAUGAGUUCGGCCACCCUGAGUGGCUUGACUUCCCCCGUGAGGGCAACCAGAACUCGUUCUGGUACGCCAGGCGUCAGCUCAACCUUACGGAAGAUGGUCUUUUGCGUUACCAGUUCCUCAACAACUUUGACAGGUCGAUGAACCUGUGCGAGAACAAGUACGGCUGGUUGCACGCCCCUCAGGCCUACAUCUCUCUCAAGCACGAGGGUGACAAGGUCAUCGUCUUUGAGCGCGCCGGCUUGGUCUUCAUCUUCAACUUCCACCACACCAACAGCUACACCGAUUACCGCAUCGGCAUCGAGCAGGCGGGCACCUACCGCAUCGUUCUCGACUCGGAUACCCAGGAUCACGGUGGCUUCAACCGUCUCGAUCCCCAGACUCGCUUCUUCACUUCCGACCUCCCGUGGAACAACCGCAAGAACAGCACCCAUGUGUACAUCCCGACCAGGACAGCCAUUGUCCUUGCGCUCGAGUCCACCCUUUCAGAGUAG